AUGAGACACUCCUUGCUGGACCUAGCUCUGCUUCUGUCAGGGGUGCUCGCAGACCCCUUCCAAGCCCCCUUGCAGCAAGACAUCACAGCACCUUUUUACACCGUCAAAACAUGCAUACCCGGCGACACGCUUACUGCAUGUGAUGGUGAGGUCGGCAGUAACGACAUACACCACGGAGUCACUGAUGAUCCCCGUAAAGUGCAUGGCAAGCAUUACGACUACGUGAUCGCUGGAGGCGGGCUGACUGGUCUCACGCUGGCCGCCAAGCUUGUGGAGAAGUUUACAGUGUUGGUGAUCGAAAGUGGCUUCUACGCAUGGGAGUACGGACCGAAGAUCGACGAUCUCAACACCUACGGCCAGGUCUUUGGCAGCAGUGUCGACCAUGCCUACGAGACCAAGCCCCAGCUGGUAGGCAACGACGGCGACGUUGGACUAGACAAGGACAUCAAGAUCAUCCGGUCCGGGAACGGUCUCGGGGGCUCUACACUCAUCAAUGGCGGGACAUGGACACGGCCUCACAAAGUGCAAAUCGAUUCCUGGAACAGUACCUUUGGGAAUACUGGUUGGACUUGGGAAGCGCUAAAGCCCAAGAUGGAUGAGAUUGAGAUCCCGCGGGAUCCGGCAACAGACAAGAUUACGCCAGACUCACUCCAUCAUUUCGAUCCCAACUGCCAUAACAAGGAUCCAUCGAAGGGUAAAGUGAAAGUCGGGGCUCGCGAUCGGAAGUACGGCUGGUCCCCGCUGAUCAAGGCGUUGAUGGAUACGGUUCAGAAGACAUACAGCUUCGUCACGAACAGAAAGGACUUAUGUUGUGGUGACCCAACUGGGGUUUCGAUGUUCCUGAAUACGCUUACCAACGAGCAAGUCCGAACAGAUGCUGCGAGGUCAUGGUUGAAGCCAAUCUUGGAGAACUCGACCCUAGCCCGUAACAUCACAGUCCUGACUGGCCAGCUCGUUGGAAAGGUUCAUCUGGACGAGAUCAAGCCCUCGAUGGGAGAGCCGAAAUUGCAAGCCAAGGGGGUUGAGUUUGGCAUACAUAACAAGACGGAGUGGAAAUGGGAUGUUUGGGCCAACAAAGAGGUCCUUUUGGCUGCAGGCUCUACGAUCUCUCCCCUCAUCCUCCAGUGGUCAGGCAUCGGCCCGAAAGCUUGGCUUGAUCACGCACGUAUACCGCAGAAGCUCGAGCUUCCGGUGGGCUACAACCUACAGGAUCAAACAACGACUUCUGUCGUCACAAAGCCGCAUGAUAAGGGAAAGGGCCAGGGCCAGGCCGCGUACUUUGCAACCUUUGCAGAGGUCUUGGGCAAGAAUGCCACACAUUUCGAAUCUAUCCUAAAAGACGACAAACAGUUGGAGUCAAUGGCAGAGCAGACGGUCAAAGGUGGCGGCUUUCCUGAUAAGGCCAAUCUCAUGAGACAAUAUAAAAAUUAUCAAAACUGGCUUCUGAGUGAUAAAGUGUCAUACGCCGAGCUUUUCCUCGAUACGGACAAUUCUACGCACUUUGAUCUCUGGAACCUGAUCCCGUUUACUCGGGGAUAUGUGAAAGCACUGGACUCCGAUCCGUAUCUACGGAGCUUUGAAUAUAACCCACGAUAUUUCGAGAAUAAAUUAGACUUGUACGGCCAGGCUGCUGCUACGCGGCUCGCACGGCAAUUAACCAACACGUACGACAUGAAACCAUUGGCCGACAAAGAACUGGUUCCUGGGAGAUACGUGCCACAGGAUGCAACUCUGGACGAAUGGGCCUAUUAUGUGAAACAGAACUACCGUGCGAACUAUCACGGGGUGGGUACAUGUUCCAUGAUGAAGAAGGAAUAUGGCGGCGUUGUCAACCAUGAGGCCAAGGUGUAUGGCGUGCAAGGCCUUAGAGUAGUGGACGGCUCGAUACCGCCGACACAAGUUUCUUCGCAUGUUAUGACUGUGUUCUAUGCCAUGGCGGUGAAGAUCGCUGAAUCAGUGAUUGCCGAUGCACCCAAGUCCAAGGAAUAUAUACAUUACUAG